UUUUUCAAUUGUUGCGAUUCGUAGAAGUCGAGUUUGGAGCCAGUCAAUAUGAACAUCUUCCUAUCCUCCUUAUUGCUGCUCUGCGUAUUCUACCAAUAUGACUGCGAAACCAGUACUUAUACCAACAAGUAUGACGGUGUAGAUCUGGACCAAAUCCUGUCUAGUGACAGACUUCUCAACGGCUAUGUGAAUUGUCUGCUCGACAAAGGACCGUGCACUGCUGAUGGCAAGGAAUUGAAACAAAAUCUUCCUGAUGCGAUCCAAGAUGAAUGCAGCAAAUGUACGGACAGACAACGUGAAGGUGCUGACAAAGUCAUGCAAUACAUCAUCGAUCAUAGACCCGAAGACUGGAAAAAGCUUGAAGAUAAAUACAAUUCCGACGGAAGCUAUAAAAUAAAGUAUUUAAAAACCAAAGAACCAGUCAAUAAAUCCGCAUCAAAAGAGGGUUCAAGCGAAAGUGGUUACGAUGACGAUGCUGAUGAUGAAGACGAUGAAAAUAAUAAAGAUAAUUAUACGAAGAAGGAUAAAAAGAAAUAAUUUAACGUUAUCACGUAUCUAGUUCAACUUCCAGAACAAACAUGUAUAUAGCUCUGAGGUAUUACGAAAGUCGCUAAUAAAUAAUGGGGAAAGCAAUAAAACAAA